AUGAACAUGCUUCAGUGUUACUUUUUUAUUAUUCUGAUAAUUUUGAUUCAUAAAUCGGUAUCACAACCAAAAAAUUCCCAAAUAGCUGAUCAAAUUUUUUCAGAAAUCAAACUUGAACCCAUGUGACGAUUUUCACGACUAUGUUUGCAGUUCGGAUGAUAGAAUUAUUCGAAACUUUACUGUUGAGAGAGAAAAUAUUGUUAGAAUUCCGAAAGGGUUCAUCGAUGAUAACAAAACUUUGUGAGACUUUUUUUUUAUUGAAAGCUCUUGAGCGUCGAAAAGUUGUUUUUUAGGGCUAUUGAAAAUGUUAUGAAUUUUACUUAUUUUGGAAAAUGGUAUAUUGAAAUGCUCGUUUUGUAUAAUCGAGGGAACACAAUAAAAGACUGUGCAGAUAUUCCCGAUGACAAAAAACCAAUGUGUUUGAUAGGGCUUUUAGAUAAUAUCAACACAACGGUAUUAUUGUUAUUUUUUAUGUUCGAAAUUAUUAAUGUUAUUAUAGGAAAUUGAUGUAUUCUAUAAUGCUCUUUUAUCGAAUAUCAACAUUUUGGAAACAAUCAAACCGCCUAAUGGAAAACGAAACAGAUUUUUACAUUGGAUGUUUCAAACUUUGAAAAAUGAAACGUUGAAAGAAAUUCAAAGAAAUGGAUUUGCGAAAGAUGUUUUUGGUGUCAAAAAUGUUCAUAGUUUCUAUGCGCUUUAUGAUUUCAAUAAUGUUACAGUUUAUAAAAAAGCGAGACAUGCCUACGAAACAAAAUUCCAUCAAGUGUCAAACAACUUAUCAAAAAAGUAAGGGUGAAAUUUUGAAAUAAAAAUCAAUAAUCAAUAAUAUUUUAAGAGACAAAUCUAUGAGAAACAUCGAUAAAUUCAUAAGAUUUGCGGCGAUUGACGCGGCUAUGCAAGUUAUUCAAGAAUAUCUUGAUAAAUAUGAUGCGCGAUUUAUGUUCCAAGCAAUUAUUGCAAAUCCAACAAAUGAUGCAUUCCAAUAUUUGGGAAAUAUUCAUAUUGCAAUUAUUACUCGAAAUGAUCUUCAACAACCAAAUAAAGCGGUUAGUUUUCAAUAUUUUCAAUAAAAUCAAACCUUUUCCAGAUUGCUGAUACUGUUUUUGUCACACUUCAUGAAAUUCUUCAUAAAGUUUAUCCUUAUGGUGAAGCUGAAUUUGAAAACGAUCAAUAUUCAAAAACAUACAAUUGUUCAGCAGAGAGCAUCAAAUAUUUAGGAAAAACUGAUAAAGUGGUAUGACACCUCAAUAUUUUAGAGUUAUCUUACGUCUUAUUUCCAGACACCUGUUGAAAACUGGUUCACAUUGUCAAAUUCUCAUGAAGAUAUUGUUAAUAUUAUGGCUCUGCGAGUAGUUAUGAGAUUGAUUGCUCAAAAAUCGAUAAAUGAGGAGCAGAUGAAAAAAUCAUUGGAAAAUUUAAUGGGUGGUUUAUGCGUGAAUCGGAAGAUGAAGAAUUCAGCAAUCCCGCAGCAUCAUCCACUAGAACUUUCUUUGAAUAAUGCAGUUAGACAAUAUCCACUUUUUAAUAAUUUGUACAACUGCAAGAAAGGAGAUCGAAUGUUUGUUGAUUUGGUAAGUAAUUUUUGUUCGGUCCAUAUAAUACAGUUUUUCAUCAAAUGUUUUUUUUUCAGAAAGAUCAAUGUAAACCGAUUGAGAAAAACAUAUCGAUUGACGAUUUUGUCCUAGGAGAUGUUACAAAUCGAACUGAUGUUGGUGGAUUCUUCGAAGAUUUAUUGAGAACUGCAAAAAACAUGGGAUUCUAUUUUGGAGAACUCUAA